GACGGGUCUUCCGGUUGAAUACAGGCCUAGUCUUCGUCCUUGAUCGGCUUUUGCUGUGGCACUUGACGAACAGGCGGCACACACAUUUGUUUAGAAAAUGGUUGCUUACUGGAGACAAGCAGGGCUGAGUUACAUCAGGUACUCCGCUAUCUGCGCCAGGGUCGUGCGAGCAGCACUGAAGCCACAGUUCAAAGUGGAGGCGAUUAAAAACGCCGAAUCCAACGUGAAGGUCACUAAAAUGAAGACUGCAUAAUGAGCUACCAUUUAUACCCUGUUAUCCCCAUUCCUCGAAACCGCUUCUCCUACUACAGAUUUCACCAUUUGUGACUGCAAUAAUAUCUGCAGUUCUGAUGAACUGAUUGAAUGAAAAUAGAUAUGUUCUUUUUAUAAUAAAUUAUGAAGAGUCUCAAACUAAAA